AGGGGGCGGGGAGAAGAGAACAGGCCGGGCAGGUCUGGCUUUUCUAACCUGAUAGAAGCCGUUUCAUAGCGUAGUUUUUUAGCGACCUCGUUGCUCUAGGGCCAGAGCACCUGACCCCCGGCGCAGUCUGGCGCUACUGGCUUCAAGGAACCGGGCUUCCCAGUGACGUCAUACCAGAAACUUCCGGUUCCCGCGUUUGGAGUUGGACUGUCACGUGCCGGGUCUUCCAGUGCUCGCUUGGCUCCUGCGGGCUUCUAAUCGAGGGGCUGGUCCUCUGGGAGGACCGAGCAGAAUCUUCAGCAGCCUUCAUCCCUGUUCAAAGAUCAAACUCCAUAAAACCAUCGAGUUUGUGCCUUAUAACACAGGAGAAAAGCAGAAGAGAAUAAAAAGGCACUCAGCUAGCCAGUGUUGCCUAAGGAACUAGGUAAUUCUUCAGACAGUUGUCAUGGGUAUUCGAGGACUGAUGAGUUUUGUAGAAGAUCACAGUAAUGAGUUCUUCAUUGAUUUGAAGUUGCGAGACACAAAAAUUAUCAUUGAUGGCUAUGCUCUCUUCCACCGGCUUUGCUUCAAUUCAAACUUGGAGCUUCGGUAUGGAGGGGACUAUGAUUCUUUUGCAGAUGUUGUACAAAAAUUCUUCGAAUCACUGUUUGCUUGUAAUAUAUGUCCAUAUGUUGUAUUAGACGGAGGAUGUGACAUUUCAGAUAAAAAGCUUACAACUUUAAAGGACCGAGCUAGAGAGAAGAUCCAGAUGGCCCAUUCCCUUUCUGUUGGUGGGGGUGGAUAUGUCUGUCCCUUACUCAUCCGGGAAGUAUUCAUACAGGUUUUGAUCAAGCUGCACGUAUGUUUUGUCCAGUGCUUUUCAGAAGCAGAUCGGGACAUUAUGACACUGGCUAAUCAUUGGAAUUGCCCCGUGUUAUCAUCAGAUAGUGACUUUUGCAUUUUUGACCUGAAAUCUGGGUUUUGCCCAUUGAAUAGCUUUCAGUGGAGAAAUAUGAACACUCUUAAGGGCACACGAGAGCACUAUAUCCCUGCGAAAUGCUUUUCCCUGGAUGCGCUCUGCCAUCACUUCAGCAGGAUGAAUAAAGCUCUACUACCUCUCUUUGCGGUGCUGUGUGGAAAUGACCACAUUAACCUGCCCAUCAUGGAGACAUUCUUAAGUAAAGUACGUCUUCCUCUUGGAGGCGCCAGUUCUAAGGGGAGGAGACACCACCGAGUUCUGGGACUUCUGAAUUGGUUGUCUCAAUUUGCUAACCCCACUGAAGCACUAGAUAACGUUCUCCAAUAUCUCCCCAAAAAGAAUCGAGAAAAUGUUAAGGAACUUCUCUGCUGUUCCAUGGAAGAAUACCAGCCAUCCCAGGUGAAGCUGCAGGACUUCUUCCAGUAUGGUGCUUACGCCUGUCCAGACGCCUUGAACCUGGCUUUACCGGAAUGGGUACUGGUGGCUUUGGCCAAAGGUCAGCUAUCUCCUUUCAUCAGCGAUGCUUUGGUGCUAAGACGGACCAUUCUUCAGACACAGGUGGAAAACAUGCAGCAACCAAGUGCCCACAGAAUCUCUCUGCCCAUCCGGCAAACCAUCUAUGGGCUGCUUCUGAAUGCUUCUGCACAUCUAGAAAACACGUCCUGGAAUGCACUGCCUCUUCAGCGUCUAGCUUUCAGCGAAGUGGAAAGGAUUCAUAAAAAUAUCAAAACAUCAAUUGUUGAUGCGGUAGAAGUGCCCAAGGAUCAUUCGGACUUAAGCACAUUGACUGAGCUCUCCUUGGCUAGAAGGCAGAUACUUCUGUUAGAAACACUGAAGGUGAAGCAGGCCGUUCUGGACCCAAUCCCUCCUUCACUGAAGCUGCCCAUUGCUGUCAGUUGCUACUGGUUGCAGCACACAGAGGCCAAGGCAAAGCUACAUCAUCUACAGGCCUUACUGCUGGGGAUGCUGAUGGGGCCCUUGCAUGCCAUAAUCCACAGCCCUGGAAUUGUGGACCCCGCACCCAGGCAGGCUCAGUGCCUUGCUGCUCGCUAAUUGGUAAAAGGUGGGC